UAUCUCUUCCCCGCGCCUCCACACCCAUUCCCUUCAAAUGCUCUAUCAGCAGCGCCUCUCAGCCUUACACCGCGUCGCACCUUUUGUCGCCGUCACACCGAACCACAAUUGUAUUGAACUUCCAUCGCCCCGAAACUCCAUCACACCCCUUCCCGGCUCUUCUCUGUGUGUUGCUCGCAUCGACCCCUUUUGAACCCGAAUGUGCAUUUUUCCCGUCACAGUCUUCAUCGCCUCCGUCCUCAUCCUCUUCACCUUCUCCUGCGUUCACUCUUUCUACCUUCCCGGUGUUGCCCCUUGAGAUUUUUAAACCAUACGUCUUCCAUUUCUCUAUCUCUUUCAGAGAUUUGCGCUGUUCUUUUUCUUAUUCGAAUUUAUGCGCUACUUAUUUUAUUAAUUUCUCGAUCAAAGCUGUUCUCACAGAAAUUACUAGUGCAUUUCUCGCUCAUGUGUUGCUUAGUUGAUGUGUUUCUCUCUUCGAUCUCACCUCAGCCGUGCAGGUAUCAUAACUCGGCGUCCUCUUAUUUUGCAAGUUCAUAAGAUUGAUGAAGGGAGGGAGUAUGCAAAGUUUAUGCAUCUUUCAAGGAAGAAGUUUACUGGUUUUGGUGAGCUUCAAUUCUUAUCAAGAUAGGUCUCCAACACCUUUUUCGGGAGGAAGUGUAUCAGGAAACUCUACUUCUAAUGGAGUAACCAUAUCGAGUAAGACACGUAUAUGGUGGACUCAGGCUCUUCAUAAAAAGUUUGUUGAAUGUGUAAAUUGCCAUGGUGGUGCUGAUAAGGUAACACCAAAGGCUGUAUUGAAGAUGAUGGACUCAGAUGGAUUAACAAUCUUUCAUGUCAAAAGCCAUUUGCAGAAAUAUAGAAUUGCUAAGUACAUGCUUGACCCAAUUUAUAAUGGGAAAUCUGACAAAAGAAUCCACAUAAAGAAUCUUCAACAUCAAUAUAUUCCUCUUGAUAUAAAGAGUAGAAUUCAAAUUAGGGAAGCACUUCAACAACAAUUAGAUGCUCAAAAGCUUCUUCAUAAACAACUAGAGGAGUAAUUGGCGGCGAGAUUUCGGAUUAGGAAGCAUCUUGAAAGGAACAGAACAAAACAGAAAAAGUAAAGGAAGCAAUCUGUUGAGAUGAACAGAGAGGACAAGGACUCCAAGUUUAGGUUGAUUUCCCUAAUUAUCUCUCUGCGAUUCAGAUUUUCACCAACAACACUUUCAAGUAUAUAUAUACAUUCUUUAUGAAAAUUGAAAUAGACUCUUGAUUUGUUUCACCAGCAACUACUUUAUUCUCCACUAUUUUAUUUUUCACGUAUUAAGAACAAAGAACUCCCUUAUUCCGUUUUUAUCACUUUCCCACAUUCUCUUCUUUCUUCAUACUUCUCUUUGUAAGUAUCUUCUCUUCUCUUUCUUGUUCACUUUUACUUACUUAUUCAUCUCUGCAUGUCAAAAGUGAAAGCAAGAACCUUUGAUCUGAAAUGCUUUUCUUUUCUAUUCAUCAUUUAGUUGCUUCAAAUGUAUAUGCAUAAAAUCUUUUUAAUAAUGAUUUAUUUGUAGUUUCAUUUUCGUUCUUGAGCUAAAAAUGGUGCUAGAAGCCUAAAAGGGUUCUUGAGCUGAAGAUGAUUAAUCAAUCUGGUGCUGAAUGCUGAUGUGUGAUGUUUCCAUUUUGAAUGUGUUGGUUUAUGUCUUUUUAUUGUUUGGUUUAUUAGAUUCUCAAGUGAAGAGGGAUGAAAAUUUUUUUGUGGGUUUAUUCCAUUAGAUUACUAUGAGAAGUUGAAAUCUUUGAACUUUGGAGGGUUUUCUUGACUGUUGAAUGAUUGCAAGCCAUGAAAACUAGGAGUGUUUUGAGUGACGAGAAGGGUAAAGGAAAGCAAACUGUGAUGGUUACUUAUUUACUACAUUGUUCUGCUAAUGUGAAUGAUAAGUUUAAAUUAUUUCUUAUCAUAUAGUUUAAAUUAUAAAUUUUAAAUCUUAAAUUUUAAAUACUCCAAAAGUUGAAAAUUAUAAAAAUAAUUUUACAAAUAAGAAAUUUGACAAAUAUUAGCUAAUUAAUUAAAUAUGAUGAUCUAUAUUUAUAUUUAUUUUGAUGGAGUUCUACAGUUUCUUUUCAUGCAAGUAGAUGGUGUUGCUCUAUCUCAAAGCUUGUUUAUGUGCAUAUUCUUGUUAGCAACUCUUUCUCUAUCUAUAUUAUCACCUUGUUUGUGUGUUGUUAUCAUAAUGGGAAGGCAACCAUGAUUUGAUAAAGUUGGGUUGAAGAAGGGGCCAUGGACAGCAGAAGAGGACAAGAAGUUGAUCAACUUCAUCCUCAACAAUGGCCAAUGUUGUUGAAGAGCUAUUCCUAAAUUUGCAAGUUCCCUUCUUAUCAUGUCCACCACAUUUAAUAUUAAUGUAGGAAUUUGGAUAUGAUGAAACAGGAAAAUAACUUUGAUGUAAGCUUGUUAAAGUGUGGUAAAAGUUGUAGGUUUUGGUGGACAAUCUCAGGCCAUACGUGAAAAGAUGCCUUCUAUUAAAAUAUGAAGAAAAAAUGGUCAUUGACCUCCAUGUUCAAUUAGGCAAUAGGUGGUCUAAGAUUACGUCACAUUUGCCUGGAAGAACUGAUAAUGAGAUCAAGAAUCAUUGGAACACCCACAUCAAGAAAAAGCUCAAGAAAUUAAGAAUUGAUCCUGUCACAUACAAGCCAUUCUCUAAUAACACCACUGACUAAAAUCAUAUCAAACCAGAACAACCACCACUUCAAGAGCAAGAGCAAGAGCAAGAACAAGAUCAUCAUGAGUCUUCCAUACUUGUUGAACCUGAAAUUGAGGAGGCGGAGAAGCCUGAGGUAGAGGAUCAAUUCAUGACCCCACUGUUUGAAUCAAUGGACACAAUAAUGAUCAAUGAUUUUUGUACAGAUGAAGUUCCAAUUUUAGAACUUGAUGAGAUCCUUGCUUUAUUUGCUGGUAAUGCUUCUACUUCAUCAACAGCAAUAACCACUUCUUCACAUAAACAAGCUUUGAGAUAGAGCAGCACCACCUACUUAAUUAAAUAAGAAUUGAUGAAGACUAUGAUGAUGAUGGGGAUGAAGAUGACACUAGGACUAUAGCUGAUAAAUUUAGUAUGAUUGAACAAUACACUGGGUUCAUGUUUUGAAUUAUAGUUGAUGUAUCAAAUACUUUGUUGAUGUAUGGUUGUUACUUAUUAUUAUAGUUGAUGUAUCAAUACACUUUGUUUAUGUUUUGAAUUA